GCUAUAUAAAUCCCAAAUCCUGGGAUGGGAGAGGUCAAACGUACGAACUUCUCUCUCCUCACCAUAUUCUAGACUCUUCUUCACAUUAGGGUUUAUCUUGGUCAUCGUUGCAAAUCUCCUCAGCCGUCACAAAAAUGGCUCGUCGAAGCUCAGGAAGAUCUGCCCCUCGUCCAGCUGCACGAUCUGCACCUGUACGCAACCCUCCUCAGACAGCUAGCCGUGCUCCUCCUCCAGCUCCUGCACAACAAGGCGGCGGUGGUUCUAUGCUAUCGGGGAUUGGAUCAACCAUAGCUCAGGGAUUGGCCUUUGGCACAGGAAGUGCAGUGGCACACAGGGCUGUAGAUGCUGUUAUGGGUCCUAGAACCAUCCAGCAUGAAACUGUUGCAUCUGAGGCUGCUCCUGCCCCAGCACAUGCUGCAAACAGUAUGGGUGGUGCAGAUGCAUGCAACAUUCAUUCCAGGGCCUUUCAAGAUUGUAUCAGUAGCUACGGGAGUGACAUUAGCAAGUGUCAGUUCUACAUGGAUAUGCUGGCUGAAUGUAGAAAGAAUUCUGGUGGCGUGUUGAAUGCUUAAGAACCAUCCUUUGGAAAUAUCAGAUAUCAUCACGCGCUUGGUUUUGUACUUUGUGUUUUUGUGAUGAUGAACUGAUACAAGAGUCCGUGAAGCUAUUAUUUUGAAUAAUUCAUUAUUGGGAGAUAAAACUAAACUUCGAUCCAUAUAAGUACUCUUUUUAUUGUUGUGGGCACUUGGAUCUAAGUCAAGUGAUUCUUUGUCAUCUUUAUAUUCUGAAAUAGUGAACUCUGUUUUGAGUAUUUUGAUGGAUUAGUCAUUUCUUUAAUAAAUCGAUAGUGCGUUCAAGUCUUUUCUUA